AUGGCAACCCCAUGGCCCAAGGAUCAGCCCUGGCCAACGCCAUACCGAGAGCACGCCGCAGAACUAAGCACAUACCUCCAGACAGCACUGAAGUCGAUCGACACAGCAAAUGGUCAACCUAUCCAGCCUCAAGGAGUCAGGGCCGCGUUUAUCGGGGCUCUAGCACUCAUCGUCAAGAUACAGAACAUCCCCGACAUCGGCCACGUUCACCAGGCAAUUGAAAAUUUGCGGAUGGAGACAAAGGCAGCCAAUGAAAACACCACCCGAACCACGAGCAGCAUCAGAAUCGCGAUCCAGCAAAACACAGCCGAAAUCAAGGAGAACACUAAUACUAACAAGGACACUAACACAGCCGCCAAGGAGGCACUGAAAGCCAGCGAGCUGACUGUCAAGAUGGUGAGGGAUAUCAAAGCACUGGGACCGAUGAAUCAGGGGAGCGCCGCACAGUCGUAUGCCAGUGUAGCCGCCAGAGGAGGACUCAUAGCAAGCAUGCAUAACCCACAAAACCAAAGACCAUCCCAAGUUCAAACCCUACGUGAGGUCAUCGUAAACAUUAGAGAUCCUACCACCAUUGCCAGCAUCAGAGCCAUGAACCCCCGUAACCUUAAGGCGCACGUAGACCGCGCCAUUGAACAGAGCAGCAACGAGCACAUCCGCAAACUAAAGACCGUGUCCGCAAAUCAACUGAAAAGCGGUGACCUAAGUAUCAAAACAGCCACUACCACAGACAUGGAGACCCUACGACAGUUUGCGGAGGACUGGAAACACCGAAUAGGCAACGGUGCCACGGUGCGGAUCCCAACCUACGGAAUCCUAGCACACGGCAUACGAACCAGCUCAAUGGACAUGGAACUCUUUACGGAACUCCGAGACGAACUAUUGCAGGAUAACAAAGCCUUCAUCCCCACCGCAGAGAUUAAGUACAUCGGAUGGUUAACUAGAUCCUCCACCACAAAGUCUGCCUCGUCCGUUAUCGUCGAGUUCGCCAAGGCGGAGGACGCCAACAAACUCAUCGAUGAAGGACUCAUCUGGCAAGGCGAGGUUUUCCAAUGCGAACGAUACGACAGACAGUGCCGUCUGAGACAAUGCUUCAGAUGCCACGCAUACGGCCACAUAGGAACCCAGUGCAAGGCAACGACAACAUGCGGCUACUGCGCGCAAGAACAUGCAACCCGAGAGUGCCCCUCAAAAAGCGACACGGCCACACCCCGGAAGUGCGCGGCGUGCCACGGCGAACACGAAGCGUGGCACGGCCGGUGCCCAACUAGGAUGCGGGAACUGGCCAAAAUCAAAGCGGCAUACAAACAACGACCAAGGUACCACCCGGAAGCCACAGCAGCCCCAACCGCCACAGGAACGACCCCAACAACCCGGACGACAUCGAGGCCAGUACUGGAACCGAGCCAGAGCCAGAGCACACGCCAGGAGCGUAGCAGAUCACCCAUAAAGAAGAAGAUACAGAAACGUCAGCAGCCCACCGGGAGCCAAACACAAGACGAGAACACGAUCAUUGUUGCGGCAGAGAACUCCCGGCCAAGACGAGCGAUAGUGCCCUCCCGCCGAGCGAUGGAAGCCAUAGACGCGAACAUACAGACGACAAACGAUAGCCACCUUAUGGAAAUUGUCGACGACAGCGAAUGA